CUACCACUUGUUUCUGAUGAACAUGAUUAGGAAUAGUACAGAAAGAAAAAGGCAGGUUUACAAGUAAAGAAGAAAAGUGGCAUCAAUUGCUACACAUCAACACCAUCUUUAUUCCUUUGAGCUUUCUUGUUUAUCCUCUUUCUUUCUUUUGUUUGUCCAAAGUUGUUCUCUUGUUCAUACUUGUUCAUACAACCAGUGAUAUUGAUAACUCACCUAUCCAUAUACUUCUCUAACCAUUCAGAAAAGGGAUUUAGGGAUGAGAAAGUAGAUUCUGAGUAGAAAGGGGACUGUAAGUGGAGAACAGAGUGGACCCAAAAACUAUUUGCAUUUGAUUUAUUUUGUUAGCAUAGACUGUGGUGGUGCAAGUAACUACACUGAUCCAAAUGGAUUGAGCUGGAUAUCAGAUGCAAGCUUUAUGAGACAUGGAAAGGCAACAGAAUUACAGGCUUCUAAUGAAACUAGUCAGCCAUACAAGUUUAGCAGAUAUUUUCCUGCAGAUAAUAAGAAAUAUUGUUAUAAAUUAAACACUGCAGAGAGGAGAAGGUACAUUGUUCGAGCAACAUUUCUUUAUGGAGAUUCUGAUUCUGCUGACAAUGCAUACCCAAUGUUCCAACUCUACUUGGACGCCACACAAUGGGCUACUGUAACAAUUAAAGAUGCUUCUCGGAUUUAUGUUGAGGAACUGAUCAUCAGAGCACCUUCUUCUUCUAUUCAAGUAUGCGUAUGUUGUGCAUCGACAAGCUACCCUUUCAUAACAACUCUUGAGUUGCGGCCCUUGAACCUUUCACUAUAUGCCACAGACUAUGAGGAUGAGUACUUUCUCAAGGUUGCUGCAAGGGUAAAUUUCGGUGCUCUGACCAGUGAUCCCAUAAGGUACCCAGAUGACCCUUAUGAUCGAAUAUGGGAAUCUGAUUUAGUAAAAAGGCAGAAUUAUCUUGUCGGGAUGGCUCCCGGAACAAAGAGAAUUAACACUUCAAAGAUGAUAAACGCAAACCUCCGUGAGCAUCCACCGGUUAAAGUAAUGCAAACUGCUGUUGUUGGAACAAAGGGUAGACUCACUUAUAGGCUAGACCUUGAAGGUUUCCCUGCAAAUGCCAGAGCUUAUGCAUAUUUUGCAGAGAUUGAAGAUUUGAAAAAUUAUGAAACUAGAAAAUUUACUCUGAAGCAGCCUUAUUUACCUGGAUACAGUAAUGCUAUUGUUAACAUUGCAGAAAAUGCCAAUGGAAGUUACACCCUUUAUGAGCCCAGCUACAUGAACAUCUCAUUGGAUUUUGUUCUUUCAUUUGCAUUAUCAAAGACACAGGAUUCGACUCGUGGCCCUCUCUUGAAUGCUAUUGAAGUUAGCAAAUAUGUGAAGAUUUUCCCAAAGACAAAUACUCAAGAUGCUGCCAAUUUGGAUUUUUUUCGCUCUAUGUCUCUCAAUGGUGAAUGGAAGUACGAAGAUGGUGAUCCUUGCAAUCCAAUUAAGUGGGAAUGGGUGAAUUGCAGCACAAGUACGCCACCAAGAAUCACAAACAUUGUUUUAUCUGGAAAGAACUUGAGUGGUAUGAUACCAUCAGAAAUUGCGCAACUGGAUCAGUUAACUGAAUUGUGGCUUGAUGGCAAUUCCUUAAGUGGAUCCAUCCCAGAUAUGAGUAGUCUUAUUAGUUUAAUGAUUGUGCAUCUAGAGAACAACAACCUUGCUGGUCAGUUACCAUCAUAUUUUGGCGAGCUGCCAAACUUACGCGAACUUUAUGUGCAGAACAACUGUUUAAGUGGGGAUAUACCACCAGCAUUGCUCAAUGGGAAAAUCAUUUUCAACUACACUGACAACCCCAGGAUGAACAUAAUGAGGAAUAACAAGAAGAAUCCGAGACUCAUUCUGUUCUCAAUUGUUACAGCAUUAGUUGUCUUUGUCUUUCUGCUACUAGGAAGUCUAUGGUGGUUGUGGAAACGGCUAAGAAAUAUGGUACAUGAUGGGAGUCAUGUAAAAAGUAAUUCUUUGCGCAUCAUCUCCAAAUCUUCGAUUCCCCUCUCCAUGCGAGCUGGAUCCUCAGUUAUUGAUGAAGCACUAGAUUUGGCUUCAUAUGUCACAUUUACAGAGAUCGAAGAAGCUACUUGCAAUUUCUGUAAAAAAAUCGGUGAAGGAAGCUUUGGACCUGUCUAUUAUGGAAAAAUGAAAGAUGGUAAAGAAGUUGCAGUCAAAAUAUCAGCUGAUUCAUCCAUUGAUGGAACCCGACAAUUUACUAAUGAGGUUGCUCUGUUAUCUAGAAUUCAUCAUAAGAACUUGGUACCUUUAAUCGGCUAUUGUGAAGAAGGAUGUAAACAAGUUCUAGUUUAUGAGUACAUGCACAAUGGAACCUUAAGGGACCACCUUCAUGAUUCAGUUAAGAAGAGAAGUUUGGACUGGUUAUCUCGUCUUCUUAUUGCAGAGGAUGCUGCCAAAGGCCUUGCAUACUUGCACACUGGGUGCAAUCCAAGUGUAAUUCAUCGAGAUGUAAAGACGAGCAAUAUUCUUCUCGACAUCAAUAUGAGAGCAAAAGUUUCAGAUUUUGGGCUUUCAAGACAAGCUAAUGAAAAUCUUUCUCAUAUAUCAAGUGUUGCUCGGGGAACAGUUGGAUAUCUUGAUCCAGAGUACUAUGCUACUCAACAAUUGACCGACAAGAGCGAUGUUUAUAGUUUUGGAGUUGUUCUUUUGGAAAUAAUAUCUGGAAAAAGUCAUAUUUCAAUUGAAGAUUACGGCCCUGAACUGAAUAUUGUUCACUGGGCAAGGUCAUUGAUACGAAAAGGUGACAUAGCAAGCAUCAUUGAUCCAUCUUUCAUGGGCGCCUUCAAGAUUGAAUCGGUGUGGAGAGUUGCAGAAACUGCAUUUUUAAGUGUUGAGCUACAUGGAGCAUCCCGGCCGAGAAUGCAAGAAGUAGAGAUUGCCAUUCAUGAUGCCAUUGAGAUCGAGAAGGGAAGCGCAAGCAUUACCACAAUUGAAUCAUUAUCAAGUUCUUCGGCCCUUGCUAAUCAUCUAGAGUUUCUAUCAAGCAGCUCUUCAAAUGUACCAUUUGCGAGAUAAAACUUUUUUCAUUUAGAUUUUGCUGUAUGACUGAAUAACCUCAUGCAUGAGCUGCAUUUGCUGAAAUAAAGUAAACAAGUCUCACUAGAGAAAAUUUAGUGGGACUUAUAUGUGAUUAACUCUAAA